UACCUAAAUUUUCUGCCUAACCGAAAGAAACUACCAUAUUUCUACGUUUUCAAAAAUGGCGAUGAAUUUGUCCCACCAGAUCGGAGCGACAUUCGGAUCUCCAUCGACGGCGGAUUCUGGAGGAGGAUUUUCAAGCGAGGCGCCUUCGCCCGCAGCUGUAAGCGCGGUUUGGAGAACUCCUCCAUCGACGGCAAAUUUAAGGUUUUCCGCGACUAAAAAUGGAGCGGAGAGAAAUAGGGUAUGUCUGCCUCCGGCUCAAGCACUGCGGCCAGACCUGUCGAUGGCGACCCAGGCGCUGUCGUCCGAUCCGAUCAGAACCGAGGAAAAGGAUUGCGCGAUUUGCGAAGGUACGGAGGGUAAGGGCAAGGGUAAAAAGGGGGUACCGAUUUUCGUUAUGAUGCCGCUGGAUAGCGUGAUGUCGAAUCAUAGGAUGAAUAGGAAUAAGGCGAUGGAGGCGAGCCUGCAAGCGCUGAAGAGCGCGGGCGUGGAGGGGAUAAUGUUGGACGUGUGGUGGGGAUUGGUGGAGGGGGAGAAAGCAGGGGAGUAUAAUUGGGGAGGGUAUUUGGAGCUUCUGGAUAUGGCGAAGAAGCAUGACCUAAAAGUGCAGGCCGUCAUGUCCUUUCAUCAGUGCGGCGGAAACGUUGGAGAUACCUGCACGAUUACUUUGCCAAAAUGGGUGGUUGAGGAGAUGAAUGAGGAUCCGGAUCUUGCAUACACAGAUCAGUGGGGAAGGAGAAACUACGAAUACGUAUCGCUCGGCUGCGACACCCUCCCGGUGCUCAAUGGAAGGACCCCUGUCAAGUGCUAUUCCGAUUUCAUGCAAUCUUUCAAUGACACUUUCGAGCAUCUUUUAGGCGACACAAUUGUGGAAGUUCAAGUUGGAAUGGGUCCCGCAGGCGAGCUACGUUACCCAUCUUACCCCGAGCAAGACGGGAUCUGGAAAUUCCCCGGAAUCGGAGCUUUCCAAUGCUUCGACAAGUACAUGGCCAAGAGCUUGAAAGCUGCAGCUGAGGCGAUCGGGAAACCGCAGUGGGGUCGCAACGGUCCAACCGACGCCGGCAGCUACAACAACUGGCCGGAAGACACAACCUUCUUCCGCAGAGAAAACGGCGGAUGGACUACCCCAUACGGCGACUUUUUCCUCACAUGGUACUCCCAGAUGCUCCUCGACCACGGCGACAGAAUCCUCGAAUCCGCUGCGACCAUUUUCGACGAGAAGGGAGUCCGAAUCUCUGCCAAGGUUGCGGGCAUCCACUGGCACUACGGCAGCCGCGCCCACCCCCCCGAGCUAACUGCCGGGUACUACAACACCCGCUACCGCGACGGGUACCUCCCCGUCGCGCAAAUGCUGGCCCGCCACAACUCGGUCCUGAACUUCACUUGCAUCGAGAUGCGCGACCAGGAGCAGCCGCGGGAGGCGCAGUGCGCGCCGGAGAAGCUCGUGAGGCAGGUGGCCAUGGCGGCGCGGCGCGCCGGGGUCCCUCUUGCGGGGGAGAACGCUCUGCCGCGGUACGAUGAGCAGGCGCACUCGCAGAUCGUCGGGGCGUCGAGGAGCCUGGGUCUGUGCGCGUUUACGUACCUGCGGAUGAGCCGGGAGCUGUUCGGGGUGGAUAACUGGUGGCGGUUUGUGGGGCUGGUGAAAAAGAUGAAGGAUGCGGAGAGGGAGAGCCAUAGGUGGAGGGAACAAGUCGACCGGUCUGUGGUUUUAACUCAGCAUCUCGUCCAACAAGCUGCGAUAGCGCUCAUGCGCUGAUCUGAUCUAAACUUGGCCGGCCAGUGGCAUGCAGGCCCGUUCCUGACAUAUCGGGGGCAUGGGGCGGAAUUUAAAACAAGGACCCUAACAAAUAUUUAUUUGUUUAAAAGUUCUCUACCAGUUUGAGAACAAAUUUAAUUGAAAAGAAAAUUUAAAAACAAAAAGUCCAAUUCUAAAAAAUUCAUCAACUCAAACAUUUGAAAUUAUA